AUGUCAAACGUCGGCGAAUAGCCGCCAAUAACGAAUCGACAUUGAUGAGUGACAGUAACAGCUGUUUAGACGUUAUGCCACCUGCCACAAACGAUUCAGAUUCAAUGUUUGCCUCAACCUCGUCAGCAGCAGCUGCAGGUGUGGCAAGACAUCAUUGCACUAGUCAAAAUUACAAAAUGAUGCCGUCAUGCAACAUGGAACACCAGCAUCCACAGCAGCAACAGCAUCAUCAUCACCAUUCACAUAAUCAUCAGUGUGGAGGAGUAGGAGGACAUCACCAGCAGGCUAUGUCUCAACAGCACCAUUUGCAUCACCAUAAUCAUAUGCCACCGCAGCAGCAGCAACAACAUCACCACCAUCAUCAUCAGCAUCAACAACAGCGACCACAACCUGUGAUAACAAACUGUUAUAACAACAACAACAACAGUAGCAACAACAAUAUGAUGGCCAUGGAAAAUGGCAGCAGGCCAUGGUGCAAAGAUAAUGGAAUAAUGUCCAGUGCACCACAUCAACAACAUCAUGAACAUGGAAAUGGAGCGACUCCAUGGUCAUCACAGCUAAAUACAAAAACAAUGUCCGAUGGAAAUAUGUGUCCACAUCAACAUCAUCACCGACAGGACCAACAACAGCAGCAGCAUCAUCAUCACCAGCAACAGCAUCACCAUUGUUCAGAAUUUAAUAACAAUGAUGACCAGAAACCAUGUCUCUUCAAGGACGAGCUAAAUGAGUUUCUCCAGCAUCAAAGUGAAAUGGUGCACAAUUCCAUGGUGGAUAGCCACCAACAUCCACAUCAUCAUCAUCACCACCAUAGUCAUGAUUAUGAUCAUAGUGAGGAGGACGACGAUGAUGAUGUUGAGGGGGAGGGGGAUGAAGAAGACCCAGAGGACGAAGAUGAUGGUCAGGUUAGUGCUUUGAAUGAAGUGGAUAAUGAUUUUGGGCAUGGUGGACAUGAUGAUAGACAUCAUAUGGAAGAUACUAACGAUGAUGAUGAGGAGGAGGAAGAUGACGAUGAUGAUGACCACGGAACCCAUGGAUUGUUGCAUUUAAAAUCUACUCAGCAAUGUUUAGAUUUCCUGCAAGGAGAUUUGGGUAUGGAUCUUGGAAUGGGAGAGGAACAACAUCAUCAUAAUGAGGAUGGUGGUAUGCAAAUAAAAUCGGAAAAAUGUCCGGAACCUCCGGAGGAAUCAAAUGCUACGGAAGAUAAUGAGGAUAUUCUCAAACAAAUGGAAGGUGAUAAUGAAGAAGACGACGAUGAUGAUAAUGAAGACGAAGAAGAAGGGGAAGGAGAUGAGGAUGAUGAAGAGGACGACGACGAAGAGGAUGUUGAAAAUCAUGAAGAAUUGGGUGAUGCAAUGGCCAGCCAUAUGCAACAACCCAAGGAACAGACUGUGAUUGAACCACAACACUCAGUGGAAACUUCAAAUGAAACGAGGCUUUUAAACAAUCCAUCCUCAAAUGGAGCAGGAGGAUUCUAUCACCAAGAAAAUAAACAAACGGAAAUCGCGAUGACAAAUAUACCACGCUUAUCAGCAAUCUCUCUCAGCUAUGACAUCAAAUCGAAUCAAAAUCAAACCUUGGCCACUGUAAAUAUCCCUCAACCCCAGCAGAGUCCGUUAAUGCCUUGCCCCAACACCAAGGCAGCAAUUAAAUUUGUACCCACUGCCCAAGAAUCUCCGGUGUCAUCAAGCACUGUGGGUGGCCCCAGAUCCACCCCAGAUCUGCAACGAGCCACAAAGGAGGCCCAUAAGAAACCCGAACAAGUUGGUGCCAUUUCAACAAGCAAUGAAAGUCCUCGAUCUUGUACACCCUCACCGGCCUCCAGCAUGGAAGUGAAUAAUGGCUCAAAGCCGAAUGUCUUAUCGAAUAGGACCACAUCAUCACCCAUGCCCUCGCCAAGGCCACAAAGUGCCGGGAAACAAUCCCAGCAACAUAACAAACAACAACAGCAGUUACAACAAGUUAAGCUGCAAACUUGUCAAAAGAGUCCAGUGCGGAUUGUGCGGCAAGUAAAAAAUGCUAAUCAAAUACAAGUGUCCCAACAACAACAACAAAGAGUUUUCAAUAGCAACAAUAAUCGUGCCACCCUUACAACGAUUGCUGGCAAUCGUGGAAUGGCAACAACAACUACAAGUACAGCAUCUGCGGCUGGGCAACGAAAUAUUGUCACUAAUCCCACAACGCCUGCCAUGGCCCAAAGAUUGCACACCACAAUGCAAAAGUUUGCCACCAACAACAAUAACAACAACGCCUCAACAGCUAAUACAACCAACACCACCACAACGACCAUACCUCUUGGUCAAUUGCAGCUACAACCUUUGCUGCGAACCGCAAACGACAAUGGCGGAAACUCACAAAUUAUUAUGACAUCGACAGGGCAAAUUAUUGUUAUGCCCUCCUCAUCGAAUAACAAGACACAUUUGCAAACUGUAGCCCAACAACAACCACAGCAACAAACGACACAUCACCACCAACAACAACAAGUGAUAAUUGCCAGUGGCAAUGCGACUGGUGCGCCUUCACAAACUCCAACACCAACUACCAAUUUAAUUAUUCAACAAAGCGGCGAUGUUCUAAACAAUGCCGGACAAUUAACGGCCACGUUACAGCAGCAACCAAAUGGUAGCUACAUUGUUAGCCAACCAGCUGCAGCAACGGCGGCAAACAAUGGCGCCCAACUACAACCCACAACGGUUAUUCUCAAUCCAGGACAAAAUAUUUUGGCAGGCAAUGCGGCCAAAGUGUUAACGGCCAGCGCCAAUCCGUCGACAAACAUAAUUCAUGCCACCGGGACCCAAUCCAUUCUAACAGCCGGAAAUCAAUUGAUCACAGCUCAAACGGCCGGAAAUGCCACCAAUGUUUUGGGGCAACAAACAGUUGUGCUAAAUCCUCUACCAAAUGGCGGCUAUGUCAUACAACCACAACAAACCCAAACAGCGGCACCGGCGGCACAACCAACCCAACAAUUCGCCACCUUGGACGGUCAGGUUGUCUCUCAGAUUCUGCAACAACCUGAUGGUACUCAGCGUAUUAUUAUAUCCUCUUCGGCGGAUCUUAAGAGACGUCCCAAGAAACGUAAAAAUUCCCCCACACCCACUCAAAUUUCCAAUCAAACAGCUACUAUCAUACAACCCCACACGUUGAACAUACAAACGGCUGCAGCUGCCCAACAACAUGCUGCACCACAACCUCAAGUUGUACAACUUACUGCGGCAACACCAGCCCCCGCCACAGCUCCAACGGCCAAUCCCUUUCCCCAACAAUUCCAACUAGGCUCCACCGGCCUGCAAGGCAUUGUGGUGAGUAAACCUGCAACUGCCACCACCAACACGCCUCAGCCCCAACAGAUCAUACUACAAAAUGGUCAAAUCAUACAACCCAUGAAUCUAAUAGGUCAACAGUUGAUCUUGCCCACAACUGGUUUAGUAAUGGGACCCGACUCCACUCUUCUGCAAAUACAAAAUGUCAAUGGCUGUGCUCCCACGGCCAAUAUUCUAACGGCGGCAGCACCACAAGCCACAACAACCAUGAUGUUGCGUGCCACUUCUCCGCAAACCAGUAAAUCGUUCAUCUCCUCAACGGCUACUGGACAACAGUUUAUUGUGGGCAGUAAUGGCCAACUAAGCCCCAUUGGACAAAUCUACAGCACACCAAUGGGUCUGAUGAUGCCGGCGACAACCCAACACCAUACAACAACACCAACGGCUACCUUUGUACAACACAAUGGUACAACUAUACAGCUACAUCACCAUCAUCAUCUGCAACAGCAGCAUCAUCCUCAUCCACAACAACAUCAUCAUCAGCAUCCUGCUACGGCUCAUCAAUUGAAUGCCACCACAACCACUACCCAACAUCAGGUUACAUUGCAGGCACUGCAGGCAACGACGCAUCAACAGAAUUUAAAUCAUGUCAUCAAUAAUCCAGUGGGUAUUGUUUUGGAAACGGCUGCCUCUUCGACAACAUCACCCAAUAUGCAAACAUCUAGCUCACGUUCAUCGGCCGGCAGUCCACCCGAUACGACAACGCAUAGUCCAAGGAGUCCAGAAAGGCCACCAAGUCAUCGUAGCGGUGGCAGUGAUAUGGUUCAAUGCGUGUCAUCGUCAGAACCCGAUGGUGGUAAUGUUUCACCCAUGAGCAGCGAUAGCCGACAAUCGCCAUCGACAACGGUGUGCGACAAAGGUAUUGUUAUGUCAACCGCAUAUCAACAAAAUGCCAAUAUUUUUAAGCCCUCGGAGGCGAAGAUACGCCGCGUACAAACACCACCACAAUAUCAUGUGAUUGCAGCAGCACCACCACCUGGAGGUGGGGUUACGGGUGCCACAACGACAGUAACAGCCAGUACAACAAAUAUUGCGGAUUCGCCACAGAAUUCUCCCACUACAACGGUUAUGCUAACACCGCCACCACCACGAACCCCAACGCCCUCGCAGCAGCAAAUACUACAACAGCAUCAGCAGCACCAGCAAUUGCAACAAUACCACCAACAACAGCAGAACUUUUUACGAAACUCUUCAACGAUUUCCGUUUCCGAGAAUCGUUCACAACAACAACACCAGCAGCAUCAGCUACACAGCCAUAAAACUCCAACCAAACAAACUACUCAACGCAGUCGUAAUCGUUCAUUGAAACCAUUAUCACCACUCCUAACCACCACCACACACACAAAGGUAACUGGUGCUGAUGCAGAGGAAUCUAGCCAGGCUACUACGGGUGGUGGUACUGCAGCAGCAGGUGGAGUUGGUGUACCCAUAUCACCAUCUUCAUCCUCAACACCACCAUUGGCCAUGAGUCUGAUGCGUACAUUUGCCGUUGGGGAAUUAAUAUGGGGACCAGCUCGUGGUUUUCCCGCUUGGCCUGGUAAAGUUGUAAAAAUUCCCGAUAAUCAACAGGAAUCGGUAUGGGUUCAAUGGUUCGGUGGUGGUGGCCGUUCAAAUACAGAAAUAAUGCCAACAAAUUUGUUGCAAACUCUAUCUGAGGGUUUGGAGGCUCACCACAAGGCCCAAAAGGAUACAAGAAAGAGCCGUAAAUUGAAUUCUCAACUUGAAAAAGCCAUACAAGAAGCAAUGACCGAAUUGGAUCGUAUUUCAGCUACAUCCAGUACCAAUAGCAGCAACAACAACAAACAACAACCGACAUCAUCUACGCAACAUCAAAAUAGUCCAAAUCGUGCAAAUAAACGUCCGAUACCAAGAACCGGUGGCUAUGAUCUAAUUGCAGGCCUUGUCAGCCAACACACAUACCACAAUAACACACACCAUUAUACAUCAUCCAAUACAAUAUCAACAACAACAGGAUCAACAAAUCGUACUAAACCAAUACGUAUAGCACCGGCACCACCGCCCCCGAAUAGUAGUAGCGGUUCCUCGCCAAUGAAAUCGACAACAACAUUAGUAGGUGGAACAUCAUCAACUGUAACUUCGGCUAGUAGUGGUGCUUCAGCCACCGCAAAUAAAUGA